AUGCCAGACGCAGACACGUUACCUACAGAUCAAGACGACGAGUACAAGUCGAGCGAAGACGAUGACUUCAAUCCAGAUGAGAUAGACGCGCCACAAGAUGAGGACUUGUCCUCGGACGAAGAUGAAGCGCCGCAACCAAAGAAAGCCUCCAAGAAGCGAAAGAAGGCUCAACAGGAUGACGAAGAGCUGGACUCUGGAGAUGAAGCGACAAUAACGGAACUCAAAAAGGCUAAAAAAGCAAAAGCAGACGAUGAGGACAGCGGUGGUGAAGGAGGUCUGAUCAAGACGCGAGCGCAAAGAAAAGCAGAGAAGCAAGAGCGUCAAGAGUACCAAAAAGCCAACACCGAUAAUGUCACCGUCGAUGUCGAUGCCCUAUGGGCUUCCAUGACCGCCAAACCUAUCGGACGACCGUCGCGAGAACAACCGAACCUCGAAGAAAAUGUCCCUGAGAAAGAUGGCGCGCCCGAAAAGACCGACAAGACAGCUACACAGGACGGCGAAGAUGCCCAUGGCAUGAUUACCAUCAAGCGGUCCUACGACUUCGCUGGCCAAAAAGUGACCGAAGAGAAGCGUGUACACAAGGAUUCGGCUGAAGCGAAGCUCUUCCUCGCAAACAACGACCCUGCGAAACAGACCAAACCAGAUUUACCCACACCAAAAGACGAUCAGCCCGCCUUGCGCCGCCCUCUACGACGCGCCUCAAAAUUCGAGCCUAAUCCUACCGGCGAAGUCAAAGGUCUACCACCAGAGCGCCAAAGACUGCGCACUCCUUCUCGAGCCGAUGUCCUGGCGCAACAAAAGAGAUUGGAAGAAGAGGCCAAAACAGGCAAGGCUGUCAAACUCAACACCGUCCAAAAGUCGGCCAUCGACUGGGCUGCCCAUGUGGAUCAAGAAGGACUCAAAGACGAGUUGGACGAGUACGGCCGAAGUAAACAGGGCUACAUUGGCAAAAUGGACUUUNUGCGUGGAGUGCACGGCAAGAAAGAGGAGGAAGAACGUAAGGCUCGUAUGGCCCAGUCUUCUGCAUGA